GUUUGAUGCAAGAUGCGGGCAGUCAGUUCUAUGAGGAGUUUCUUGAAAGAACUUCUGGGUAUUUUUGACAUGAAAUGGGCUGUGUGUGGUGAGGAAGCAAGAGGGGAAUACUCAGGUUAGGCUGUCCAAACAGCGUAACUUGCCUAUGUUUAUGUAAUGGUAAAUUAGAUGAUGGUAAGGACUGCGGCUUAAUGUAUGAGGGAAGAUGUUGGAAAUUCAAUGUAAGCGCCGUGUCUGGAUUCUUAUCACUUGAUCUUGUAAAUUUCUCAUUACACAGGCUACUUCUUGAGCUGCCUGGAAUUAGGUUGGAUGGCGAAUUGUUAUUGUUUGGUUUUGUUGCUUGGGUGACGGUCAUUGUUUUCAUGAAAAUAAGAAAAUAUGUGUUAUUUAUUCUUUAGUCGUAAACAGUAAACUUUUCCUCCAACACUUUCCUUGGAUGCUUUUGAAGUUCUUUGGUAAUGAAAAUGUCAACGAUGGAUGUGUUCUUUUGCUUAUUUUUAAUAAGGGUUACCUGUGCUGACACUUACUGAUAUUUUUAUGUUUCCAUUAUGCAGAAUUGUAUUUAGUGUAAUCACCACCUUGUGGGAAAAAAAGGCACGCAUACGUAGCAUGCAUCUUUGUUCCCACUUUAUCCAUUUCCUAGCGUUGGCCCUCCACAAGUGGCACUUGCAGUUUUAAAACAUCAUCUGGCUGCCAGGCUUGCUGUUUACUUGUUCAAAAUGCAAAUAGGCCCUUUCCCCCUUCAUUUCUUAUAUCAUGUCAGGAAUCGUCUUGCAUGUGCAAUUGCUAAUAUAAGAAAUGCUUUAGGUUCAGGAUUCACAAAAGAAAUGAUAAAAUGUUCCUGAUUUCACGACAUGAAGAUGGAUUGUGCAUGAUAUGUUAUUACAGGAUUCUAAUUAAGUACCUGUAUGCACGGGAAAGGAUAUGUGCAUUAGGAAUUUCCCAAACCCUGUUUGUUGCCUUGUGUCUUCUGAAGCUUCAGAGGACAUUUAGAGUAUUUCAGAUUUUGAGAAACAGAAAAAAAAAUGUGUUUUUUCUUGAGAUUAUUUCUCACUCUGAUUUGCUAAUUUGGCGAAUUCUGACUUUUUAAAUAAGUAGAAAUGAGUCAUUAGGCACGCGUCAGAAAAUGUGCUGUGCUUAUUUGGCUGGUGAAAAAUGUAUGGCCUUUUUGAUAGGAUGGAGAGCUUUUUAAUGAAACGGUGAUGAUCUGAGAACUCGAUUAUGAUAGUCAAUUUUAACAUCUCAUAGAAGAUUUUGACGAUACAGUCUUAGUUAAUUUAAAUAUGCACCCAACGACAAGUGAAUUAUUCACAAUAAACAUCAAAGGUUUUCUCAACCUGAUAGUAGGCAGAAACACCUCCAAAGGAAAAGUUGCUACUUGGCAAAAAUGGACUCUUGAACACAGUGAAGGGGACAGCUCAGGGAUUUGAGUGGGGGGGGGUGGGGGGAGUUACCUAAAUCAAAUCAUCGGAUUUUUCCCUUAAAUUACUGAUUUCCGGAUUGAUUUAUUAAUGAUAUUCCAUUGGAAAUUCCAUCACCAGCUCGAUCUGAGCAGAUGAGAAGCCUGUUCGAAGGUGGUUCUCUAAAAGAAGUAAAGGGGUCCCGGGAUUCUUGAGCUGUGCCCAGCUGACGAGCUUUUGAAGAUGGCACAAUAACUGUCCAGUGAUGCCUGACCAUGACAGCACAGCCCUCUUAAGCCGGCAAACCAAGAGGAGAAGAGUUGACAUUGGAGUGAAAAGGACGGUAGGGACAGCAUCUGCAUUUUUUGCUAAGGCAAGAGCAACGCUGUUUAGUACCAUGAAUCCCCAAGGCUCCGAGCAGGAUGUUGAGUAUUCAGUGGUGCAGCAUGCAGAUGGGGAAAAGUCAAAUGUGCUCCGCAAGCUGCUGAAGAGGGCGAACUCGUAUGAAGAUGCCAUGAUGCCUUUUCCAGGAGCAACCAUCAUUUCCCAGCUGUUGAAAAAUAACAUGAACAAAAACGGUGGCACGGAGCCCAGUUUCCAAGCCAGCGGUCUCUCUAGUACGGGCUCCGAAGUACAUCAGGAGGAUAUAUGCAGCAACUCUUCAAGAGACAGCCCCCCAGAGUGUCUUUCCCCUUUUGGCAGGCCUACUAUGAGCCAGUUUGAUAUGGAUCGCUUAUGUGACGAGCACCUGAGAGCAAAGCGCGCCCGGGUUGAGAAUAUAAUUCGGGGUAUGAGCCAUUCCCCCAGUGUGGCGUUAAGGGGCAAUGAAAAUGAAAGAGAGAUGGCCCCGCAGUCUGUGAGUCCCCGAGAAAGUUACAGAGAAAACAAACGCAAGCAAAAGCUGCCCCAGCAGCAGCAACAGAGUUUCCAGCAGCUGGUUUCAGCCCGAAAAGAACAGAAGCGAGAGGAGCGCCGACAGCUGAAACAGCAGCUGGAGGACAUGCAGAAACAGCUGCGCCAGCUGCAGGAAAAGUUCUACCAAAUCUAUGACAGCACUGAUUCUGAAAAUGAUGAAGAUGGUAACCUGUCUGAAGACAGCAUGCGCUCGGAGAUUCUGGAUGCCAGGGCCCAGGACUCUGUAGGGAGGUCAGACACUGAGAUGUGCGAGCUAGACCCCGGGCAGUUCAUUGACCGAGCCCGAGCCCUGAUCAGGGAGCAAGAGAUGGCUGAAAACAAGCCCAAGCGAGAAGGCAGCAACAAAGAGAGAGACCACGGGCCAAACUCCUUACAACCAGAAGGCAAACAUUUGGCCGAGACCUUGAAACAGGAACUGAACUCUGCCAUGUCGCAGGUCGUGGACACUGUGGUCAAAGUCUUUUCGGCCAAACCCUCCCGCCAGGUUCCUCAGGUCUUCCCCCCUCUCCAAAUCCCCCAGGCCAGAUUCGCAGUCAAUGGGGAAAACCACAAUUUCCACACCGCCAACCAGCGCCUGCAGUGUUUUGGCGACGUCAUCAUUCCGAACCCCCUGGACACCUUCGGCAACGUGCAGAUGCCCAGUUCCACAGACCAGACAGAAGCACUGCCCCUGGUUGUCCGCAAAAACUCAUCUGACCAGUCUGCCGCCGGCGCCCCCCCUGGCGGCCACCACCAGCCCCUGCACCAGUCGCCUCUCUCUGCCACCGCAGGCUUCACCACGUCCACCUUCCGCCACCCCUUCCCCCUUCCCUUGAUGGCCUACCCGUUUCAGAGUCCAUUAGGUGCUCCCUCUGGCUCCUUCUCGGGGAAAGACAGAGCGUCUCCCGAAUCCUUAGACUUAACCAGGGAGACGACGAGUCUGAGGACCAAGAUGUCAUCCCACCACCUGAGCCACCACCCCUGUUCACCAGCACACCCGCCAAGCACCGCGGAAGGGCUCUCCUUGUCACUCAUCAAGUCCGAGUGCGGCGAUCUUCAAGACAUGUCCGAAAUCUCACCUUACUCGGGAAGUGCAAUGCAGGAAGGAUUGUCACCCAAUCACUUGAAAAAAGCAAAGCUCAUGUUCUUUUAUACUCGUUAUCCCAGCUCCAAUAUGCUGAAGACCUACUUCUCCGAUGUAAAGUUCAACAGAUGCAUUACCUCUCAGCUCAUCAAGUGGUUUAGCAAUUUCCGCGAGUUUUACUACAUUCAGAUGGAGAAGUACGCGCGCCAGGCCAUCAACGACGGCGUCACCAGCACCGAGGAGCUGUCCAUAACCAGAGACUGCGAGCUGUACCGGGCUCUGAACAUGCACUACAACAAAGCGAACGACUUUGAGCAGGUUCCAGAGAGAUUCCUGGAAGUGGCACAGAUCACGUUACGGGAGUUUUUCAAUGCCAUUAUCGCAGGCAAAGAUGUUGAUCCUUCCUGGAAGAAGGCCAUAUACAAGGUCAUCUGCAAGCUGGAUAGUGAAGUCCCUGAGAUUUUCAAAUCCCCGAACUGCCUACAAGAGCUGCUUCAUGAGUAGAAAUUCCAACAACUCUUUUUCGAAUGUAUGAAUAGUAGCAAUCCCCUUUGGAUGUCCAAGUUGUACGUGUCUAGAUUUUGAUUUCAUAUGUCUGUGUAUGGGAGGCAUGGAGACGUUCCGAAAUGAGCUGGUAAUUCCUCUUCAUCAUCUUUCUCUCACUUUCUUUGGUUUUCCAUCGCGAGGGGAUGGUUCUUUUCCUUCUGCCUUUAGUUACUUUUGCCCGAGGCCCUUAACACGUGGAGACUUAACAUAGGGUUAGUUUUCAGGGAAGAGAGGAAUGCUGACACGUGGGAAGUCCGUAUUCAUAAGGGAAGGCGUCUGUCCGGUAAAGACGCUUCUGCCGGACUGCCGGACCGAUGCUUUGCCGCGCAGGCCGGUCGGCAGAGGGGGGCCCGCCACACGGCACAGCUCUGCGGGCGGGCGCCAGGUCCCUCGUUUUUUCCCGCCGUGAAGGUCAGAAAAGUCAAUGAAACCACUUCAAAAACUUAAAUAUAUUGUUUGGGUUGAACUCAGUAAAUAGCUUUUUUAUUACAUGCUUAAAAAUAAUGCCAGUGGCAGAUGAACAGCUCAUAUUUCAAAAGUGUCACAAAAGG